AUGCCCUGUCCCGAAGCAUCAGAUGGUAAAGUCCGAAUUCUUCCCGUUGUAUUCAACAAAGAAAAUUCAUUGCCUAUACCGAAGGAAUAUGUAUGCGGUGGUGUAGCAUCAAUGGUAAAUAUAGUUGUUGUCUUUCCUCUACACAAAACUGUUUUCUUCCAACAACUUGACGGUGUUAAAUGGAAAUCAGCAGUUAUGCGGUUGCGAAUAGAGGGUCUCCGACAUGUGUAUAGGGGUGUUGUGCCUCCUCUUCUACAGCGUGCUGCUUCGGCAUCCUUGAUGUUUGGUUUUCAAAGCCAAGCUGACACAGUGAAUAUGCCUCCCUCUGUUAAAAUCGUUAUAUCUGCUACUAUGGCUGGCUGUUUAGAGGCGUCGUUGACCCCGUUUGAACGCGUUCAAACUUUACUACUGUCUUCCAGCAAUUCCACAUUUUCUAGGAACACAUCCCAUGCACUAUACAGUCUCUUCAAAUCAUACGGGUUCAAGGAAUUGUACCGAGGGCUUACACCAAUCUUACUUCGGAAUUCUGUUGGCAACGUUCUGUAUUUCGAAGGCAAGGAUUGUCUGUAUCACAAAAGUCAUUCUCAAGAUCUUCCAUUUGGAAAACGCCUAUUGACUGAUUUCCUAAUAGGUGGAUUUUUGGGCUCAGUCAUUGGUGCGAUACUGUUUCCCUUAAAUGUGGCAAAAACCCAAAUGCAGUCUUCAGUGGGUAUGGAGUUUUCUAGCCUUCGAAGUACUCUACGUGGCCUUCUGAACGAAAGGGAACACACUAAAAUAUCGCGACUAUAUAGUGGAUUGCCUGCCAAUUUCGCGCGGUCUAUGCUGUCUUGGGGUGUAAUCACGAUGGUUUACGAGUGGCUGCUUACUCUUUAA